UCCGGUCCGGGUCACUUCCGGUCGCCCGGCCGGACGGUUGUUUUAAUUUUUAGCUUAGUUUAUUUCUAAACCUGCCCACUGUGUCCACCAUGAGUGGUUAUUAUUGUAGUAGUAUAUUAAUUACUCAAGAAGAUAGUUUUGGACUCCAAUCGACCAUUUCCUGGUCCGGUGACCUGUGACCUGGAAUCAAUCAUCCACCAUUUUUAAAAGCCAGCUAUGGAAACAGGAUACACCAUCAAGCCCUGAGGAAGAGAUCGCAGAUCUCGAAACGCGUUGGUACUGGAUCUACUAGGAAUCCGAAUAUUCCACACAUUGGACAUCGACCCGGUGGUAAGCUUAGGAGCCAGAGCAGGGUGAAGUCUGGACCACCCUGCUUGUUAUAACACCUGCGGCUCCUGGGCUACCUUUCUGGUGUUGCCCUUUGUCGUCAUGGCAACUGGGGGAUGGUCAGACGCACUGGCCGGGAUCGGGCGCAGCUCUGAUGAUGUCAGUGCGUGAAUCCUGGCGGGACAACGCUGCGGCAGUGGGUGUCUCUUCACUGGUGGAGGGUGCUAUUUAGAUUAUUUUCCUGGAAGAGAACAGCUGCCAGAAUGGUGCACACCGCAGCCAGUAGGAGAUACCCUAGGAGCUGCUCACAAUGGGGACAGCAUGUUGUGUCAUGGACCCUGCUUUCUUUCGUGCUGGUGGCUUGGCUUGCUGGGUGUGUCCAUGCUGGUGGCAAGUCAUACACAGGACCCUGUGGAGGAAGAGAUUGCAGUGAAGGUUGUCAGUGUUUGCCAGAGAAAGGCAGCCGUGGGCAACCAGGACAACUUGGAGAUCAAGGUAGCCAAGGGCCACCAGGACUUAUUGGAAUAACAGGGUUACCAGGUCGUAAAGGAGACAAGGGUGAAAGAGGCCAUCCGGGGAAUAUGGGGCAUCUUGGAGAUAAGGGCCUGAGUGGUGUUACCGGUUUUCCAGGGGCAGAUGGCGUACCUGGUCAUGUGGGACAAGGUGGUCAUAGAGGAAAGCCAGGACAUGAUGGCUGCAAUGGAACGAAAGGUGAUGCUGGUGAGGCAGGACCACAAGGGCCAAGCGGUAACUCCGGGUAUCCUGGCGGACAAGGUAUCAAAGGCCAAAAAGGCGACCCUUACUAUAUUCCACAGGACCAAAGAAUUAAGCUGAGAGGGGAUCCUGGCGAUCCUGGAUAUAUUGGACACCCAGGUCCAAGUGGUCCUCCUGGAAGAGUGGGGUCUAUUGGCCCUAUGGGUCCUUCUGGAUUUCCUGGCUCUCCAGGACCUCCGGGACCACCAGGACCACAAGGCAGUAAAGGCAUUGGUAUUCAUGGGAUAAAGGGAGAACAGGGUGAACAAGGCCCACCUGGACCUCAAUGCACAAACUGCCAAGAGGGGAGAGAAGAGACUGUGCAGUCAUCUACUACAACCCUAACUGAUUAUCUGGGUGACAAAGGUGAAAAAGGUGAAAAAGGAAGUCCUGGACAUACGGGUGAAGCAGCUUUACGCGGAGAGGAGGGAGAAGAAGGUAUCAUGGGCUUCCCAGGACAAAGGGGGACUGCUGGCAAUGAUGGACUGCGCGGGGAAACAGGAAAAGACGGAUUGCCUGGGACAAGUGGUAAUCCUGGAACAACUGGCUUCAUUGGAAUAAAGGGAGAUCAAGGGGAAAUUGGUGCUCAAGGACCAGUAACUUACGUUACACAGCCUGCAACACGAAAAGGGUCUAAAGGAGACAUUGGAUUUCCUGGGAAUGCUGGUCUCGAUGGGCAACAUGGAGAAAAAGGAAGUCCUGGUUUUCCAGGUUUAAUAGGACAACCUAGUCCAUUUCCAGGAGCACCUGGAUCUACAGGUUUGAAAGGUGAAAGAGGUCACAAAGGAUACCCAGGGGAUCCAGGCUUGCCUGCUUUUCAACCUGGAAAUGGCGGAGAAGAAGGAGAACCUGGGCAACGAGGUCCUCCGGGUUUGCCCGGAUAUCCAGGUGGACGCAUUGGGCGAAAAGGUUUCCAGGGAGCACCAGGAAAAAAUGGACCAAAUGGAUUCCCCGGUUUUGCUGGUUCAAAAGGAAUUAAAGGUGAUCAGGGAGAUUGUAAAUGUUCUUCUGGUGCUGAAUUAGCAAGAGGACCUGCUGGAGAUCCUGGUCCUGUAGGUUUCUCAGGUCCUUCUGGUAUACCUGGUAAUAAAGGAGAAGCAGGAGAUACAGGAGGUCCUGGGCAGCCAGGUACCCCCGGUAUUGAGGGACUUCCAGGCAUCCCUGGUCUACCUGGCCCCGUUGGAGAAAAAGGAGACACUGUGUUUGCUACAGAGAAAGGUGUGAAGGGUGCAAAAGGUGACUCUGGUAUUCCUGGUGCUGUUGGGAUUGAAGGACUUCCAGGAAAGGAUGGAGCACAUGGUAUUCCUGGCUUACCGGGGCCUCCUGGUGAAGUUAUUAAAGGCGUUACUGGUGAACCUGGGUUUCCAGGUCCUCCAGGCAAUGAAGGACCUAGAGGGAACACUGGACAACCAGGUCUUGGGCUGCAAGGUCCAAAAGGUGCACGCGGGGCUCCUGGGAAGCCAGGACUCAAUGGAUUGCAAGGAAAUCCUGGAAUACAAGGUUUACCAGGUGACUGUUUCAAGGUGCCUGGUGAAGAUAAUGAAAUAGGCCAAAACGGUAAUGGCUGUGUAUUAGCUCCACCUCUUGCGCCAGCUGGAGCCCCAGGACCUCCUGGAUUACCGGGAUAUAAUGGUAUAAGAGGUUCAAAAGGUCAGUUGGGAGUACCAGGUCCUGACGGAGUCACUGGCUUUAAAGGAGACAGAGGUGAUCCUGGACUUGACAGUUUGCCGGGUGCAGCAGGAUUCCCAGGUCGAAGAGGAGACCGUGGUAAACCUGGCCAAUCAGGCUUGCCUGGGGCACCUGGUCCUGCUGGGAAGCCCGGUGUACAGGGAUAUGAUGGAGUAAAAGGUAGUGCUGGUGAGGUCUUGGGAGCUCCUUCUGGAUCCCCGGGAGAUAUUGGACUUCCUGGUCUACCAGGCCUAAAAGGCAAACUAGGCGACGCUGGCAUUCCAGGGUUCCAAGGUAUCAAUGGUAGACCGGGGAAUUCUGGACAAAAAGGAAUUCAGGGUGAUCCUGGAAUUCCCGGAUCUCCCGGUUUACCUGGAACAUCAGGUAAUGGUGGAUUUCCAGGAAUGCCGGGAAAGCAAGGAAAGCCAGGCACAGUUGGAUCCCAGGGACUUCCAGGUUCACAAGGACAGAGAGGGGAUGAAGGAGUGCAAGGACAGCCUGGACAAUCCUGGAUAAAAGGCCUGGCUGGAGAUGCAGGAUCUGUGGGAACUGUUGGCAUAAGGGGAAGGUCAGGAAAUCCCGGUUUUUCUGGUUUGCCGGGAAUGGAUGGACACCCUGGUGUAAAAGGAAUAAAAGGGUCACGCGGCAUGGCUGGAUUUGAAGGAAUGAAAGGUGAGAAGGGAAGGCCUGCAGGAAGAGGACCAAAGGGACAAUUUGGCAACCCUGGUGUAGCAGGAUUACAAGGGUUUCCAGGACAAGGAGGCAUAAAAGGAGAACGUGGUGAAAGAGGUCCACCAGGACCUAAACCUGAAAUAAAGCCAGAGAUGAUAAUGGAGAUGAAGGGGGAUAAAGGAGAUCUUGGUCCUCAUGGAUUUAAAGGGGAAACAGGCCUUAAGGGAUCAAAAGGAAUGCCUGGUCAUCCCGGGCAGCCGGGCCAGUCAGGCUUACCAGGAAUGCCAAACUAUGACCCUGGCAAUAAAGGAGAAUCAGGACAAACUGGACUCACUGGCUAUCCAGGGGUUCCAGGCCAAGUCGGUCCACCAGGCAUUCGUGGAUUCCCUGGUUUUACCGGUCCCAGAGGUUCGCCGGGUCUCCCUGGUAUUUAUGGAUUUCCAGGUGCAAAGGGUGUUUUCGGAGACAAAGGAGAAAGUGGAGACACUCUAAAUAUACCAGGGGAGAGAGGACUCAAGGGAGCGAUAGGUGACCCCGGAUUCCCAGGACAGUCAGGAAGACUUGGCGACAAAGGAUUCUUUGGAGAUAGAGGAACAAGUGGCAUUGAAGGGAUGAAAGGAGAAACUGGACAACCGGGAAACAAGGGGCAAACAGGGUUGCCAGGCCUUUUGGGAUUGCCUGGAGACCAGGGAGAGCCUGGAUUCCCAGGGACUACUGGUGAAAAAGGAAGAUUUGGAAAUCCAGGUUUACCUGGUCAGCAAGGCUUUCCUGGACCAAGAGGAACUUCUGGCCUUGAAGGUCCAGCAGGCAGAAAAGGAUAUCAGGGGGCGCCAGGGGCUGAUGUACCUGGCCUACCAGGCUUAAGAGGAAGUGCUGGCGAAAAGGGCAGUCAGGGAGAGCAGAGCACGGUUGUUGGAUUUCCUGGCAAUGUAGGUGCUAAAGGAGCCAAAGGAGAACCAGGUUCUCCUGGUACCAUGGGUUUACCUGGAUUUGUUGGAAUGCGUGGAUUUCCUGGUAUUGCCAACCGGUCGGGGAUACCCGGAGAUGUUGGGGCUCCAGGACCUAGCGGACAGCCAGGCUACACAGGUCCUCCGGGAAGACCAGGUGUAUCUGCACAAGCUGGUGUUAAAGGAUUACCAGGAUCACUCGGAUUACAAGGAUUUGAUGGUGUUAAAGGAAUUCCUGGUGACAGAGGUCAGCAAGGCAUCACUGGUAUCUCUGGAAAUCCAGGAGUAAAAGGACAAAAAGGUCAACAGGGAAGGGAUGGUUUAUUUGGGAAACCUGGAUUUCCAGGAGACAGAGGUCCUAAAGGACCAAAGGGUGACAGAGGGCCCACAGGGCUGCAGGGUCAACCUGGAAUUCCUGGCUUACCCGCUGCAUCAGUGCGCAAGGAGGCAGAACGAGGGGUUAUUGGUGAAAUAGGGUUGGUUGGCCCUGUAGGCUUACGAGGUGACAUAGGACCUUGGGGACCUCCUGGUGAUGAAGGUCUACAGGGUCCAUACGGUAAACAAGGCAUACCGGGUGUACCUGGAACAUCUGCUAGACCUGGAACUCGCGGAGAACAGGGACCUACCGGACAGAGGGGCCCUGUGGGAUAUAAAGGAGAUGCGGGUGUACCAGGCACUGCUGGGAUGCCAGGCAUGCCAGGAAGAAGUGUGAACAUUGGCUAUCUCCUAGUGAAGCACAGUCAGACUGACCAAGAGCCAAUGUGCCCUGUUGGCAUGGGAAAACUAUGGAGCGGAUACAGUCUUCUGUAUUUUGAAGGGCAGGAGAAAGCACACAAUCAGGACUUGGGUCUUGCUGGUUCUUGCCUGCAGCGCUUCAAUACAAUGCCUUUCCUAUACUGUAACCCAGGAGAUCUGUGCUAUUAUGCCAGUCGUAAUGAUAAGUCUUACUGGCUGUCAACCACAGCUCCACUUCCAAUGAUGCCUGUGGCAGAUGAAGAAAUUAAACCCUACAUAAGUCGCUGCACUGUCUGUGAGGCUCCUGCUGUCGCAGUUGCUGUCCACAGCCAAGAUACUUCCAUUCCAUUCUGCCCAAGUGGCUGGCGGAGCCUGUGGAUUGGAUAUUCAUUUGUUAUGCACACAGCCGCAGGUGAUGAGGGAGGAGGACAAUCCCUUUCUUCUCCAGGCAGCUGCUUGGAAGACUUCAGAGCAACUCCAUUCAUUGAAUGCAAUGGUGGCCGUGGGACUUGCCACUACUUUGCUAACAAAUACAGCUUCUGGCUUACAACUAUUGAGCAGCCCUUCCAGACCUCUCCGCUUGCAGAUACACUGAAAGCUGGACUGAUUCGAACUAAUAUCAGCCGAUGCCAAGUUUGCAUGAAGAAUCUGUAAAAGAAAAGAAAAUAUGCUUAUUAUCUUUUUUAUAAGAAAAAAAUUAACAAGAUUUAUAAUGGUGCUCGAUUUUAACUUAUUACCUCGCAAAGUACAAGUUGAUUUCACAUUUAUUUAAAAAAACAAACAUAUAUAGCGUCCUGCAUAUAUUGUUAUUUCCUUUGUUACUCACCCAUAUAGUAGGGACCAAUGUUAUUACAGUGAUAUGGAUUUAGGACACAACGUCAUGUGAAUGAACCUAAGCACGUACAUAUUUACAAUAUGAGGUGCUAGGUAUUGUCAGUAGUUUUGCCAAAGAAAAUAAAAUAGUUACUGUGGCACUUGGAUGGCUGGCCGCUGCACUCAGAAUGAUUCACACUCCUACUAGCUCCCACCUCAGGACAACUGUUCAAGUUUGGAGUAAUAAGUUUCAUGAGUGAGCAGAUCACACCAAGGAGAAGACAUAGGCCCAGAUUUAUCAAGCUUUGGAGAGAGAUAAAUAACA